UCAGAAGAGCUAUUGGAGACAGUAUAUGGACAUAAGGAGCUGAUUAUGUCAUGUGCUUAUGCCUGCAGUUUCACUGUAAGUGUAUACCACUUUGAUGAUAGAAGCGCCGAUAGGCAACAUCUGAGAUCUUUAUUUUCCUCUAUAUCUUACAACUUGAACUUUAUGACUAUUGGCUACGCUUCGCGUUUCAUGUGAAAUCUCUUCAGAAAAAAAUGCGUUAAUUGGCUGUAGGAAAACUAUGAACCCGUACGUGACAAGUUACCACAUGUGAAAAUGAGGAGUCUAAUUCACAAUAUUCUUAGGAUUGUCGUGCUUUCUGAUUUGCUACAGACGCUAGGAUGCCCGGUCCACUCAUCGUUCCGACUAACCUGCGGAUGUUCAGUUAAAAGUGAAUUUUCUCUGGACAGCACGUCUGGACGACGUACGGCGUACAGCGUAACGCUGCUCACGUGCACCAGAGUCAGCAACGCCAUAAUACCGCGUUUUACGUCGGAGGGGGAGCAAUUAGACCAAAUCCAAUUUCAUGAUAAUGCCAUAGAAGAGGUGCAAAACAAUGCCUUUAUACGUCUGUCGCGUAAAAACGUGCAACGGAUUAGUUUCACCAAUGACAGAAUCAGCGCCGUCGGUCGCGACGCGUUUUCCGGAAUUACAGAUAGUCUACGCCACUUAAGUUUUCGAAAUAAUAGCCUAACUAGUCUCCCAGUGUUCAGUGGACUGACUCUAGACACCCUUAACAUAGAACACAAUCACAUCCAGACGGUGAUAUCUGGGUGGAUUAGAAGGACAAGUAUUACCAAACUAAUUCUUGAGAACAAUGAAAUUAAAUUCCUGCAGGCAGGUGCUUUUCAUGGUCUCUCCGAUACCUUGCUUGAACUGUCAUUAGCGGGCAAUCUUUUAAACAAAAUCACCCCGGAAAUGUUCGGUGACCUACGGCAUUUGUUGAAAUUAGACCUUGACGGGAAUAGGAUAAGACAUAUUGAAGAUUACUCAUUUCGAGGUUGUCAACAGCUGGAGGAGCUUAGAAUUUCGGACAAUGUUUUGAGAGUUGUCACCCCGCGGGCUUUUGCCGGGCUGGAAACCACCCUGGUUUCCUUAGACCUGGGGAACAACCAGCUUGUGCGCGUUGAGCCGUAUGUUUUCAGUAAUCUUCACAAUCUACAGAGGUUGCUCUUAGCCAAGAACCGCCUCCGAAGGGUUCUAACAGGUGCGUUUCAGAACUGCUCCUCGCUGCGAGAUCUCCGUCUCGAACGGAACAACAUUACCCACAUUGCCGACGGGGCGUUUGCGGGGUUGGAAUACACGCUGGGUCACCUGUAUCUACAGUUUAAUCAACUUCAAACGGUCCCCUCCAACAUUUUUGCCAGUCUAAGGCGCUUAGGUGAGCUAUGGCUCCAUAAAAAUUUGAUUCAUCGCAUCGAGGAAGGCGCGUUCGUGACCUGUCGGCAACUGAUGAUAUUAAGUCUUUCAGGUAAUGCUGUAAACUCCUUGACCCAGCAAACCUUGCGUGGACUGGAAUCGUCUCUACAGAGGCUUUAUUUAGACCACAACAAGCUGACGUUACCGCGUUACGAAAUGUUUGCUAGUCUAAGGCACCUGCGAGUGCUGUAUUUAGGCGGGAACCCUUUAACCUGCUCCUGCAGUCUAAACUGGCUAACUAACCCGAGAGAGAUGUACAUCAUGUCGGAUUUGAUGCACAUGAGUUGCAAAACAGCGCGUAAAAAACGCGAGUACGAGCUGACGAGAUUUAUUCGUCGAUUCUGUCAAGAGACUACCCCGGUGGUACCUCAGUUCUCUACAACGGAGGCCACUGUUUCUGAAACAGUUUCUUGUGCGACGAGCAGCUCAACAGACUCCUCACUGGAUCAGCGGGUUACAUAUUCGAACACAAAAACUGCUCUCGAUCACACAACGCGGUUUGUUCCAAUCCAAACAACACAAAACAAACGAGAUCGCACGGCUGAAUUCAGAACCGUUGCUAACUUAUUUACCUCUGAUGAAGUUACAAAAGUGACAGAUGUUUCUUUCGUAACCGCUAACAGAAACAUUGGUGAAAGAAACACACACUUAGUAUCCAGCGGGGCUGAACCCACACAUACCACUUCACCCACGAUACUUGAAAAGAAAAACCAAGUGAUUACUACUAGGGGUUAUAUCACAGAACUAUCGAGGUUUACUACCAGUGAAGAAAAUUCAGAGGUUGAUCAUACGGCACAUUCAUUAAAUAUGGCGAAGAGCACACACACUACGCCCCAAACGUCAACCACCGACAGCCCCUUCCCGCGACAGACGACAGCUGAAUACGUUUCAAUAUCAGACGACAGAGAGACUCCUACGGUGCUGCCCUCUGCGGCAGACGGCAGUGAAUCAAUAACGCCACUGUCACCCUUUACAGAGGCCAAUUCAACAGUGCCGUCAUGGUCAGUAACAUUAAGCAAAAUAAUGACGGAAAAUAAUUUUAAAGGUACCCAUGUUUAUUUUGAUGUCCGGGCGCAAACGUCUCAGCAGCCACGUGCGCAACCAACUGAGACCACAGCUGCUUUAGACAAUACACAAGAAUGGAUGACAGACGCCGUCAGAAUGCUAGGGUCCACAAACGAGCCCACUACAGCAGAAAGCCGAGGUCUUACUCCAGAGCCUCCCCAUUUGUCAGAUGCAAUCAAAUCGUCCACCACAAACUAUUUAUUCAUCGACGCAGAAAAUGCAAACACGGACAAACCAGACACAGGUAGAUUGUCAUCCGAAAUACCAGAAAAUUCAACUCCUUUAGCAAGUUACAAUACAACCGUUGAUAGCUUGCGACAAAAGUCAAGACGCCCGCGGCCCGGUUCACGUAGGCGUGGCAAUGGGAAGGGGCGUGGCAAUAGGCGGGGUGGAAGGCGGGGCAGAAAGCGAUUAAGAACGACAUCCGUUUUACCUGAAGUGUAUUCAACUUUAGACAUGCAAAGUUCCGUCACAGAGGUAAAUUCUGCCAUUUCCAGUGAAUACAUUUUGCCAGGAGUUUCCGAUUCAGGCCAAUCAAUAGGAAUUACAGCAUCAACUGAAUUAGAGGAAAACAUCGAAAAAAGGACCGAAAAACUAACAACAUUAAUGGAAAGCAGUCAACGAUUUGAUUCAAAAGCAGCUGUUGAUUAUGUAACACCUUCAGCUGAUUUUUCCAUUUAUACUGCAGCUAAUGCAAUGGAUGUGUCCAAUGAUAGGGGUCACUUUGAAACCACAAACGAACGAUAUUUGGACAGCACCCCAUCUCAUGUUUCAUUGGCAGACUCGACAACUCGAGAACAGAGUAACACCGAUAUCAGUAUAAAAACGACAAACAUCCACAAAGACUCUUCCGUUGUUAAUUUUAGGAAUUCUAUGGAAAAUGAAAAACACACGGACGCUAUAACCACAACAACGAACUUUAGAACCCCAGGGGCAACUAGUCCUGCGCCGGUUCACGACCAACUUCCUGGGAACCGGGGAACUAUUUCUUGUCCGCAACUUGGACUAAUAACCUUAAUCUAUCUAAUUUUGUUAAGCAUUAAAUGGGUGUUAGUUUAACGGCUAGUGACAAUAGAUACUUUUUCCCUCAAGGCCAAAGGGAUACUUUUGGACGGACCGCCAAUGGAGUUCGGACGAUUGUGGUGAUAUUGGUAAAUAUAUUUCACUUUCAACAAUGUGGUAUCACUCAAUUUUUGUAAUUGGCGUGGUGUUUUUCGUACCGUUUUUGAGUCGUUCUUGCAUCUUACCUUUAAGAGUAUUAUUAGAUAAAUUUAUUUGAAUCCUAAGGCAAAAAUCAAGCAAAAUUGGUCACUUAUGCCUAGGCGAUCUUUCAUUUACCUGAACUGUUUAUUCUUUUAAAUCAGCUGUAAGUAGUGUACAUUAUUGGGUAUCAACCGGAAAAUAUAGACAAAUAAAAUAUAUUCUUUUAAGAUGCAAUUGAUAUUGAAGUAUAUGUAAGUAGUGCGCUUGUGAAAGUCAUAGUUAAAUACCGAUCGAAAAAAGUGAGGGUUAGUAAAACUGAAAAUAUCGAGAAAAAAAAUAAUAAAACGUAAUUAGAUAUAUACGAGUCGUUUUUCCCCCCGAAACUUAAAAUGUGUGCCUAUUGAUCACGCGUGUACAUGUGUGAGCUUUCACAAGGCAAAUGUGCAGUAUAGACAUAAAUGUUUAGAGAAGUUACAUAAAUGCAAUCUUUUUGGUUUCAAAAAUUUGACCAAAAAUGGACGUAUUGGUCGUAGAAAGGCUAUUUAGACGAACAAAGUCACUACCAAUAUUAUAGUGUACGUGCAUUUUUUCACGCGUGUAUAGACAUAGUUCUUAUAAAUAUUUAUCUUAUAAUUCUUAUCAAAUGAGGUCCUUAAAUGUGAAAACAAACGCAUAUGAGAUGGCGAGUUUUAAUUUAGGUCAAAAUUGAUAACGUGUGAAGUGAAACAUGUAGUGUGAACUACCAUCCACAUUUAAGUGUCAUUUUCAGUGUUCAAAUUAUCUAUGAACUAAUCUGCUCUUACGUCAGAAGGAGGUUGCCCUUAUAUUUUUGGCAUUGAGAGGGAUCAAAAGUCGUGAUAUACAUGUAUUUAUCAUAUCACUUACGUAAAGACGAACUGGACUGAAUGGUUUUGAUCACGGGGUGGUUUUUAUACAUUGAAGUUUAAACUAAUCUGGUAACAUGUCCGAAACUCACGACAGGGUGCCGCUGGCACCUCCACCGCCCUAUCCUGGCCGCGACAAGACGAGGGUUUCCUCGAAGUGUCUGAAUGUUUGCCACGUUGUCAUUGGAGUGCUAUGUCUUCUACUUGGAAUUUUGUUCCUCGUCCAGUUACCAGAGUUUUUUAAAGAAGAAAACGUGCCAACUAAAGACUGCGACAAGGCCGUCGUCAUAUGGAACCUGAAAACCGGGGCUGGGGUCUGGAGUGGAAUGUUGUUCAUAAUCUCUGGGAUACUUGGACUAAUUGCUUGGACUAAUCCAUCUGUUUUAUUGGUGGUGCACCUGUUGUCGUCUGCUAUUGUUAUUGCCAUAUCUGCUCUGCUGUUGGUACUGUCCAUAAUAGAUAUGACUGAUACCAGUUGCAAUGUUUAUAACAACCCGGGUGUAGUACAAUGGAUCGUUUUGCUAGCUAUGUGCUGCAGUAUGGUGUUUUUGGCUGUGAUAGAGAUGCUGCUUACCAUUGUGUGUUCAUUGGUGCAAUGUGUCGCCUGGAACAGCCGCCCAGCGAGAGCUGUGUAAAUCCACACCCAAUCGACACAGACGGAAAUGAGGAGACCAAAACUGCAAAGCAAAUUUAUUUUUUAUUUCUUAGAAACGGACAAUGGACGUUUAUCUGGACAUACUUUAGUAGACUUGUAAAUCAGAUUGGGAAUGUUUUCAGCAACUGUCUUCAAGGCCUCCCGAGAUAUAACAUGCUCAUAUCGAUAUGUAAAACAGAAAAUAGGUGAAUAUUUUUAUAAGUUUAAUGGCAUAGAUAUUUGGUAUAUUGACCUUUGCGUUAAUACCAACUUCCGUCGGUUUUCUGUGGAUAUUUUAAAGUCGAGUCCAAGGGUUUGAUAAAUGUUCAUGGCAACGUCUUCAUCUCCCCAAAAUAAGACAAGGCGUUUCUCUACGGUAGUGGAAUUCCAUCGGAACACUCGGAGGAUGUCUUCAAGGUCAUGGACGCUGACGGCGAUGACGUCACAAGAAGAGAGGACUUCGCUGUAGCUCACGCUGAUUUCAUUACCAGUGAAGACGAAACAGCCAUCAUAUAUGUAAUUGUGUCAUUGAUCGUUUUGAUUAAAAUCACGUGGCAGGAUGUACAUGUAUGGUGGAAGACUUUAUGCUAUACUGCAUUGCUAUUUAAGUAUAUUUAAUAUGAAUAAUGAUGCAAAAAGUAAACAUUGGUUCUUUUAGUACUUUUGAUAUGAAUAAAGAUGCAAAAGUAUU